GAUGAGAGUUGGAGGAUUUAAAAGUAAAAAAUAGAAAUAAAAACAAAACCCAAAAAAAAAAAUCAGGAAAAUCACUUUUCUUCGUCGAAGAAUCGGAAAGGAGAGGGAGAAAAGAGAUCGAUUCAUCGAAGAUGGAAAGGAGGAGAGAUGGAAUCCAGUGCACGAAGGUGUAUGGGCUUUUGGUGCUCCUGCUAUUCAGCUUCCUCGGAAAUCUCUCUGUCUCGGCGCUGUCCGUGACAGUAAACGACGUCGAAUGCGUCUACGAAUACGUCCUCUACGAAGGCGACACCGUUUCGGGGAACUUUGUAGUCGUCGAUCAUGACAUCUUCUGGAGCUCCGAUCACCCCGGCAUCGACUUAACUGUGACAGCUCCUGGGGGUAAUCAAGUGCACAGUGUAAAGGGAACAUCUGGGGAUAAGUUUGAGUUCAAGGCCCCAAGAAGCGGGAUGUACAAGUUUUGUUUUCAUAAUCCUUACUCAACACCAGAAACAGUCUCUUUCUACAUACAUGUUGGCCACAUUCCAACGGAACAUGACCUGGCCAAAGAUGAGCAUUUGGAUCCUAUAAAUGUUAAAAUUGCUGAACUGAGGGAGGCAUUGGAAUCUGUUACAGCAGAGCAGAAGUACUUAAAAGCACGUGAUGCUCGACAUCGCCAUACCAAUGAGAGCACACGCAAGCGUGUUAUAUUUUACACCGCUACAGAAUACUUAUUGCUGGCUCUUGCGAGUUCCCUUCAAGUCCUAUACAUAAGACGUUUGUUUAGCAAGUCAGUUGCUUACAAUCGUGUCUGAUGAAUUCCAGGAGGAUUCCAAGCUAGGUCAAUUUGUUUGUUUGUUUGUUUUUCUUUUUCUCAAAGGAACUGUAGCAAUGUAAGUUGGAAAGAGGUAGCGGACACAUUUUUCUUAAGUGUACCAAACAACUGACUGGAGAAUACUUGUUGUCCAUCCAACAUCUGAGCAAAUGCUGAUGGAUAGUGGAUUUACUUCACCCGAAAUGAUUUCCGUGAUUUGCAAUACAA